AUGCCUGCUAGCUCAACAAUGGCUGCAAUAAAGAACGGAGGACCUUUUUCAAAUUUUCGGCGAACACAAUCUUUACGAUUUCCACGGGCUACUACUACAGGUUCACCUCUUGGCAACAAUCACCACAAUCCAGCCAUUUCCUCUCCCUCUUCUUGUGGGGUACAAUCAGCCAAUGGUGGAAGUGGAAGUUUGUCACGUAAAGGAUCUCGCAAUUUUAGAAGCAAGUCUUCUCGACAUAGACAUGGAUCAACAGAAGCCCUCUCUUUAUUAGGCAGAAUGUCCAACAGUCAAAAAAUUGCAUUGUGUACAACAUGGCGACAAAUGCGUCAACAACAAGGACAAUUAUUCUCUUUAAUGAGAAAAAUAUUUAUGGAGCUGGCACAGACAGAGCCUGCAGUUAAAGAAAUUUUCUGCAAAGCAGAUUAUGUUGAUUGUUGGGAAAAGGCUUCAGGUGGAGGACCUAACCCCGCAUCAAUGGAAGAACAUAUUCGAAUGCUUAUAAAGUUUAUUGACGAUUUGGUUCAGUUUGUAGAAGGGGAUUCAGAAACUCAACAAAUAAUUAAUUCGAGUAGCAAAUGUAUUGGACAACAACACGCGUUCCUUUCUCGAACAUCUCAACUAUCAGCCAAUGUAUGGGACAAACUUGGGGAAAUAGUUAUGGAAAAAGUUUGCUCAGUAGAAUGUGUUCAGAAAACACGUGAAGCUGGAAGAGCAUGGCGUACAUUAAUAGCUUUUUGGACUGAUGAGAUACGCUGUGGAUUUGAAGGGGAAGUCAAAGCUUUUUCGAGGCAAGACCUUUUUUCAAAAAAAAAAUUUAAAAAUCCCUCUCUUAUAGACGCCCAUCAACAGAAGCAGCACAAACCCCAGUAG